AUGCCGGCUUCCCCUUCUUUCCCUUCCUCUGAUGGCAGAGGCAAAUGGAAGAGGCGGAAGCGCGAACCCCAGAAUCCCCGCAAACCCAAGCACGACGACUCCGACGACGACUACGACACCGCUACCCCACUCGACGAUGAAACCCACCUCGACCGUGAGGGUUCCGAGGACCCUACCCCCGUCAACCCUUUUGCUGCUACUCGCUCCUCCGCGGCUCCCGAUCCGGUCGAGGUGCUUGCUGACGGUGGGGUCCGGGUCUGCGACUUCCCUCCCGUCGUUAGGCGCGCCGUGAAUCGCCCGCACGCUUCCGUUCUCGCGAUUGUGGCUGCCGAGCGGGCCAACUUGCGCGGGGAGGCUGGCAGUGGUGGCGGCAGUGGUAGAGGGUCGCUCCCUAAUUUGGAGAAUUUGUCGUGUGGGCAGAUGGCGGCGUUGUCUGCUGUCCCUGCAGAGAGUGGUGUUGGUGGUGGGGAUCAGGAGAGAAGUGAUGGUGGUAAUGCUGCCUUUGUGGUAACGCCUCCUCGGAUUAUGGAGGGAAAAGGGGUUGUCAAGCGGUUUGGGAAUAGGGUUCUCCUGGUCCCUAUGCAUUCAGAUUGGUUCACACCUGCGACUGUGCAUCGGCUGGAGAGGCAAGUGGUUCCUCAUUUCUUCUCAGGAAAAUCAACUGAUCAUACACCAGAGAAGUAUAUGGAAUGUAGGAACCGCAUUGUUGCUAAAUACAUGGAGACUCCUGAUAAGCGGCUAACAGUUUCAGAUUUUCAUGAAUUGGUAGCUGGCGUCAGUGACGAAGAGUUGGCUCGAAUUGUUAGGUUUUUGGAUCAUUGGGGAAUAAUCAAUUAUUGUGCAGCUGCACCAAGACGUGAAUCUUGGAAUGUUGGAUCAUAUUUGAGAGAGGAUGCAAGUGGUGAGGUUCUUGUUCCGUCAGCAGCUUUAAAGUCUAUUGAUAGUUUAAUCAAAUUUGACAAGCCCAAAUGUAGGCUUAAAGCGGCUGAUGCUUAUUCAUCAUUGUCAUGUCAUGAUGAUGAUCCCGCUGACUUGGAUAACAGAAUUCGAGAGCGAUUAUCUGAAAAUUGUUGCAAUUACUGUGGUCUUUCCCUUCUCACUAUGUACUAUCAGUCACAAAAAGAUGUCGAUAUCCUACUAUGCUAUGAUUGCUUCCAUGAUGGUAGAUUUGUUAAUGGUCAUUCAAGCUUAGAUUAUUCCAAGGUGGAUUCGACAACAGAUUAUGGUGAUGUAGAUGGAGAAAGCUGGACUGAUCAAGAAACAUUACUCCUGCUUGAGGCAAUGGAGAUCUACAGUGAGAACUGGAAUGAAAUUGCCGAGCAUGUUGGCAGCAAGUCAAAAGCACAAUGUAUCCUGCAUUUUCUGCGUUUACCGAUGGAGGAUGGCCUUUUGGAAAAUAUUGACGUUCCAAGGAUUUCUAACUCCACUAGUGUAUCAAAUGGAGAUGACUGCAGUGGGCUGCAUUCGAGUUCAAACGGAUCCUGCACACUAGAUAAUGAUUCAGAAAGCCGACUGCCUUUUGCAAAUUCCGGGAACCCAGCCAUGGCAUUGGUUGCAUUUCUUGCCUCUGCUGUUGGUCCAAGAGUUGCUGCUGCAUGUGCUCAUGCAUCCUUGGCAGCAUUAUUCGAGGAUAGUAGGAUGAAUGCUGACCAAGUACAAGGUAGACAAGACAAUAAUAAUGGAGAAAUUGCAGAUUCAGUCCACCAAAAUGAAAUCGUGGCUGCUGCAUUAUCUGCCGAGAAGGUUAAAGCUGCAGCCAGAGCUGGUCUUGCUGCUGCUGCAACCAAGGCUAAGCUCUUUGCAGAUCAUGAAGAGCGUGAGAUUCAGAGGCUUUCUGCCAUUAUCAUUAAUCAUCAGUUGAAGAGGUUAGAGCUGAAGCUGAAGCAGUUUGCAGAGGUAGAAACUCUUCUAAUGAGAGAAUGCGAACAAGUGGAGAAGAUGAGGCAGAGGUUCUCUACAGAGCGAGCUCGAAUGAAGGCGACUGACGUGGGGUCCUCGCUGCCCAUGCCUCAUAUAAAUCGAGCAGGCGUUGAUCCUUCUUCCAUGCCAGCCAAUAACAUGGUCAACAACAUCAGACCACAGAUGAUGCCCACCGCAUCUUCUUCUCAGCCGAUUGUUGCUGGGUAUGGCAACAACAGUCAGCAGCAGCAGCAGCAGCAGCAAGUAGUCCAUCCGCAUAUGCCCUUCAUGCAACGAGGUCAAUCGAUGUUUUCCAUGGGGCCCAGGCUACCCUUGUCAGCUAUACAACCUUCGUCUUCAGGCGGGCAGGCCAAUGUCAUGUUCAAUGCUUCUUCUGGGAAUACGCAGUCUAAUAAUAAUCUUAAUCAAAUUCUUAGGUCUGUAUCAGGGCCUAGCUCUGGUCUAGGUUGA